CUCUGCCCUGUCCCUUUCAUCCAUCAACUCAAACAGAAAAGCACUUGUUUGUUCCCUUCUUUAAUCCCCCUCCCCCCCUCCCCUUCUCUCUCAACCCCAAGUCAAUUCAACGACGAUGGAGUCAUCAUCAUCAGUUGACACCAGCGAGGGCGGAGCUCUGUGGAUCAAGAGGGCGGAGAUCGACACUCGAGCCCCUUUCCGCUCCGUCCGGGAGGCCGUCUCCUUGUUCGGGGAGAGAGUCCUGGCCAGCGAGGUCUACACCCGCAGCCCCAAAGACAAAGACGUUCACAAUGGAGUUGGCCCCUAUGGUAAUGGGCACCGUGGUGGUACCGGGGCCGGGGAGGCCGGAGAUAUAACGGUGGAGCUGGAGGAGACCAAGCAGAGCCUCCAAAAGGCCAGAGCAGAAGGCCUUCUAAUGGAGAGCCGCCUCUCCUCCCUCAAGGAAGAGCUUGAGCGUACAAAGCAAGAGCUUCAGCAGCUCAAGACCAACCCCGACUUCUCCUCGUCGUCAUCCUCCUUGUCCUCCCUGCAGAAACAUCCCGUGACCGAGGAAGACGAAGAGUCCGACGGCACCGAACAUGUCAAGUUCAUUGAAGAUCACCACCCGACCAAUAAAUUCGAAGUACUCAAAGCCCAGACCGGAUCAUCCUGCAGUACCGGCAAUGAUGGCAGCAGCGGCGGCGAUAAGGUUGAGUUCCAGAAGAAACGGUACGUUACCUUUGCGAACCCUCCCUCCAUGGCCCAGGUUCUCGUCCCCGAGCGAGACACUGUGUUGCAGAGACACCCGUCGCUGAAGAAGCCGGCGAAUAAGAAGAAGCCUCUGAUCCCUCUCAUCGGCGGCAUCUUCUCGAAGAGCAAGAAGAAUUACCCUGAGGUUCAUCAUCAGUUCUCAUCAUCACCUCGGGUCCGUAACUAAGAUAAUUAAACCUCACAGAACUCAAUCAUACAGUAAUAAUUAAUCAUACGUAGACAAUGAGCUGAGCUCCCGGAAAAAAAAAAUUGAAGAAAUAAGAGAAAUUAAGAAAAUAAUCGCCAUUGAUCCUCACCAAAUCUUUUUCUUUUGUUUUUUUGGGAUUUGGCAUGAUUUUAUCUUCAGUAGUUUGAUUUACAGCGACGCAAUCAUAAUGUCAAAAGUCAUAAUAAACAUAAGAAGCAUUUCUAGUUUCAUGUAUUACAUUUUCCCUUUCUGUUUCCCUUUAGUAACUUUUGUGGUAAACAACUGGAGAGGACUGUCAUAUGAUUCCAAUUAUGUGUUUUCAUUUU